AUGCGGCGCGUGCGGCUCUUCGGCCUCGGCGAUGUCGCUGAAGCCUGCCGAGCCGGAUCUCUCACUUCCGUCCAAGUUCAAUCGACCGUCAAAGAUCUGGGCUUCUUCGAGUUCGCUCUCUGCCCCCUGAACAACCGAACGCAGCUGGAGACCGAGGCAUGCUUCGACGCCCACGAGAUCCAGCUCCCCAGCGGGGGGAGCAAGUGUUUCGUGGAAAACUCAAAGCCCCAUUACUUCAGGAUCGAACUUCAGCUUCCGGAAGGCCUGAGCUUUUAUUUCCCGCGUCUGAAUGAGGGGCUGUGCGGCGUGUGCGGAGACCCUGCUGAGAAGCCUCGGCCCCGGGACAACGAGCUGGGCGGGCGUUACGGAAAUGGGACGAUCGUGAAGACCUACAAAUCCGGAUCGAGAAUUCACGUAAAAGUGUACAUGACCGAGGGACACCACGGCUACAUGGAUUUCUCACUGUGCCCGAUCAACGAAGAAACCAAAACGGAAACGGAAUUCUGCUUCGACUUGAUCUCCCACAAGCUCAAGUUUCUCGAUGGAAAAUGGAAACUCAAAGUCUACUCGCGGCCCAACCAAACCGAGUACGAGUUCAAUCUCCGCCUCCCGGAAGGACUGACCUGCGAGCACUGCGUUCUUCGGUGGCAGUACUUCAGUGACAACUGGUGGGAUUGUCACGAUGGAACGUCGCGUCCGGACUGCGGGCUUCAGUGGGCUCUUCGGAGCUGUGCGGACGUCAAAAUCAAAUAAACAUUUUCACUCUGUAAUAAGCUUAUAAUAAAGCGCAAUGUUGUCAUUGGAA